AUUUUUAAAAUCUUGUGUUUAUUUUAGAUUUGAGAUAAUUGUCACGUUUUGUGAGACAUUUGCCAUAUAUUUGUGAUGAAGUGAUUGAUUGGUCUUUGAGUGCAUUCAUUGUGAUCUCAAUUAAGGCACAAAUACUGUAAACAAGCGAUUGUUUGCAUCAAUGAAGUGACACUUGGCUUGCAAUCAGAAAGUGAUUGCAUUUUGGUUUGCCAUCACUUGUGACCAUUGAUUGUCUGCCACCAGCCAUGGAUAGGAUGUCCAGCAAUCGACACAAGCGUUUGUCACAACUGUCUUCGGAUGUCAACACAAACACGACCUCAAGUGUGGGACACAUGACUAGUAUUGAUAACAAUUACGCGGAACCGCUGUAUCAGACCAGACAUGAUCUCCACGACAAGGAUCUCAUUGAGACCAGAGCUCGAGUCCUGCAGAUGGAAAAGACCAUGAAGUUCUGGAGCGACUGUUUGGCCAAUUGGAGGGAAAAGUGGCGGAAAGUGAGGGACGAGAGGAACAAAUGUCGCGAAGAGUCGCGUGUUUUGUCCAAUAGAUUGAAUUCAAUGACCAAAGAGUUGUCUGAAGCCAUGCGACAAAAGAGCGAAUUGGAGGCCAAAGUGGAAACUCUUGAGCAACGGAUCAAAUCAAUUGAUAUUUUCUAUAAUAAUAAUAAGACUAAUGAUUUGGACAAAAACAACGUUCGGGUUGUCAUUAGAUGUCGACCCCUAUUGCAAGACCUCGAGUCCGGUCAAGAUGUUUGCGUUGAGCUCGACAACGAUGGACAGACCAUUCGUGUGGCGUCCCGACAGUUCACGUUUGACACAAUAUUCUCAAUGGAUUCAACACAAACAGAUGUCUUCACGCAUUCAGCUAAACAUAUCAUUGAUUGUGUUCUUCAGGGAUAUAACGGCACAAUCUUCGCUUACGGACAGACGGGAACCGGCAAAACAUUCACGUCAUCAGGAAUUAUGUCCGCAUCUUUUGAUCACAUCUUUGAUCACAUAUCUAAGAGUGGAAAUGACACCAAAUUCUUAGUCAGAGCCUCUUUCUAUGAGAUAUACAAUGAAGAGAUCAGAGACCUUCUGAGUAAGAAUAAUACAAAGCCAUUGGAACUGAAAGAAUCGACACAAUGUGGUGUCUAUGUUAAGGACUUGUCC